AUGAAGCUGUCUGAAGUCUUUCAAAAUCUAUCCUUCCAUGUAGUCACUGUCAACACAUAUAUCAUGAAGGUUUUGGAGACUGAUGGGGUGGAUGUUGGUGAAGAGAACAAUAAAGAUUCAGAUGAAGUUGAUUCAUAUAGAGAAGAUGCUGUUGAGAUUGGGGAGUGGAUCUGA